AGAAAUUUCAGUGGGCAAAAGCUAUGCAAUGUAAUAUGGAGAAAGGAAAAUCUCCCGAAAAGCAUACAUGACAGUCUCUCAUGAAGCCCAAGCAAGGAGACUGAUGAGAAAGUAUCUGUGAAAUAGCCAAGCUGCACUACCACAAUCAUGAUCGGCAACUGAAAACAACAAUUUCCUUUUAAAUUUGCCUUAAAAGAUAUUUAAAUUACAAGAUUCAUCGCCCGAUGUCAUACGUUCUGGUUUAGCUGACAACUUACAGAUUCGUCUGUCAUGGUUAAGCUAUUUCAUGGAGAUAUUGUCAUUUGUCGGAUUGUUCCAAGAAGAAAAUUACACUGAAAAUGAAAAAGAAUACUCAGAAGCAUGCAGCACCCACAGCAGGUCAUGGAAAAGCCAUACCUCUUACUAAACUGUGAAAAAGGAGGAAUCCAUGGAAUUCAUGUAAAGUUGGCUGCAAUUCUGGAAGAACAUUUUGAAGUCAUACCAUAUGAUGAAUUUUUGAAAAAUAAGAAUUUCUAUUCACACAAGAUCAAGAUCUUUUAUUUAUGGACCUAUGCAAAUGCUCCAAAGCACAGCCUCUUACUGUGUUUGCCCAACCUGAAAAUUGUUCUAUCUCCGGGAGCUGGACUAGACCACUUGGAUUUGCCAUUGAUCUCUAGUUAUGGAGUGAAGGUUGCCAACACUCCCCUUACUGUUUCAUCUGCUACUGCAGAUUUUGGUAUGGCUCUGUUGUUGGCAUCUGCUAGAAGCCUAAUAGAAGGAGUAAAGAUGGCAGCUUUGCCAGAUAUCAGAUAUAUCACUUUUAACUGGAUGGGAGUUGAUAUCACUGGUGCUACACUUGGAAUCAUCGGGAUGGGCAAGAUUGGAUACAAGAUUGCACAAAGAGCUAAGGGAUUUGAAAUGAAGAUUCUCUAUCACAACAGAAAAAGACGAAGCAAGGAAGAUGAAAAUGCAGUUGGAGCAAAAUACUGUGAAAAGAUGGAAGAUUUACUCCAGCAAUCUGAUUUUGUAAUGCUGGUUGUGAACUUAACUCCAGAAACUACAAAGCUGAUUGGAAAACAUGAGUUGAAACUGAUGAAACCUACUGCAACCCUUAUCAAUAUAUGCAGAGGUCAAGUGGUCGAUCAAGAUGCACUGGUGGAAGCUCUUCAGAAUGGUGUAAUUCGUGCUGCAGCACUGGACGUGACAUACCCAGAGCCACUGCCAAGAGACCAUCCUUUGCUGAAGCUUCAGAAUGUCAUAGUCACUGCUCACAUUGGAGCCAGAACUUACUCAACUAACAAGAAGGUUGUUGAGCGAAUGUUAGCAAAUGGACUGGCAGCCCUUGCAGGCUUACCUAUUCCUGAUGAGGUUACACAGUCACAGAAAAAAAGCAGUAAUUGAAUUGGAGCUAGAGUCAGUUAUUAUGUUACUAAUUUGUUUACCGUUCUAUGUUUGCAUGAAUCACAAUUAAUUUAAACAUAGGUACCAAACACAUUUUUUUGAAUUAAUUUAACUAAAUGCGUACCUUUCCUGAAAGGAAAUUACUAGGAACAGAAAAAUAAUAUUAUAAACUAGUACAAUCACUAAUAUAGUAUUCCACAAUCUUAAAACACAUAUUUUUAUGUCUGAGAAAUUCCUGCAUCUCCCAUGAGGAGUGCUUCACCCCUGCACUUCCCCAAACUUAAAUAUUGCACCUCUAUGAGCAUUGCCAUAUGAAGAAACAGCAGAACAUAAAUCAUAUACUAAAAACAGUGCUCAGUAUGGCUAUAACAGAUUGUAAAUAAAUAUGAACAGGUGAAAAAAGUCCUUUUACUUUAUUAAAUAAAUAUCUGCAAUGGUGAGCAUGCCUACAGCUAUUUCAUCAAGCAAUAACAUUCAGUUUAUCAUAGGCUUAAACGUAUUAGGAGAUUUUCUAAGAGAACAUUCAAGCACUUGUAUAUUGUUAAAAA